CAUUGGCUGACGCUUCCGUGUUGCUUCCCCACCGCCCCCCCCCCCCGCUUCAGAAUCCACCCCAAGCAGCGGCAGCAGCAGCGGCUAGUCGGACUGCGGAGUCGAACUCGAACGGCGGCGAUCACUGAUAUACUCAUGGCGUAUCCAGGCUACGGACAGCAGUUCUCCGGGUACGGAGCGCCGGGCGGUGCUCCUGGCCAGUACCCUGGUGGAUUCCCUGGGGGCUUCCCGCAACAGGAUCCGCUUUUCGGCUACUUCUCGGCAGUUGCCGGGCAGGAUGGUCAAAUUGAUGCGGAGGAACUCCAGCGGUGUCUGACCCAGUCGGGCAUCAGCGGCACCUAUCAGCCUUUCAGCUUUGAGACCUGCAAGAUCAUGAUUUCCAUGUUGGAUCGCGACAUGUCCGGUAAGAUGGGUUUCAACGAAUUCAAGGAGCUGUGGACGGCACUCAACGGCUGGAAGCAGAACUUCAUGGCGUUUGACCGGGACAUGAGCGGCACGGUGGAUCCUGGGGAGCUGUCGCAGGCCCUCGCGUCAAUGGGUAACGGUUACCGGCUGAGCCCACAGGCGAUCAACAACAUCGUCAAGCGGUUCAGCCGUGACUGCAAGAUCUUCUUCGAUGACUACGUGGCUUGCUGCGUCAAGCUGCGUGCGCUCACCGAUGCCUUCCGGCGGCGGGACACUGCCCAGCAGGGAUACGUCAACUUUGCCUACGAUGAUUUCAUCCAGUGCACCAUGAGCAUCUAAGAGGCCUCCGGCGGGCGUGGUGCCAUCGCCUACACAGACCGCGGCUUUACCAAGUCACGGACUCGGGUUUCUGUCACCGUGUAAAACUACAAACCUGCGUAUACGUACUGUGGUCGUGUAGGGGUUUUUUAUGUUUGUGGUUGCACGUUUUUUUGUACGGAACGAUUAACCCUUCGAAGCCUGCGAGCCAUUCACUUUUUUUUACGUGUUAAUGAUUUCUCUCACACUUAUCUGGCAGUUGGUAUCAGAACUGUGCAGCCAGAUUUACACUCCAUUAGCGAUAGAUGAUGUCAGACUGUGAAAUGGGCGUGAAGUGCUUUGCCUAGAUGUCCCUCGUAAAGAUCGGGCUUUAACUCCUUACGAAAAUGUAACCUUUACUCUAAACGAGUAUUGUCAUAGGCACUGAAUGAUGUUGAAAGCGUUCGUGUGGGUUUUUUUUAGAUGCUUGCAUACUGGGUCGAGUAACGUUUUGCAAAACGUAUUACAUUUUACAUCAAAAACGUGUUAAAAUCCUGUCGCUCCUGACUCGUGCCACAGAAAUGGACUCGGAACUUCAACACGCUUGUUUCAUAUGCUGCGUCCACUACCAGGAAUUGCAGACUAGUGGCUUGUAGUUACAAGUUGCCCUUGUUCAAAAAUAAAGUGUCUCAACAAACA